AUGGCGAGCUCAGGGAGAGGGAACACCAGCCUAGCCUCGAUGCGCAAGAAGCGGCGCACGAUCGGUGGCUUCAGGGCUCACGCCAUGGGCGACUCGUACGACCACAGCACCACGGCGGACGCCAGCGCCAACAACAGCCUGAGCAUGGUCCCCGAGAACCAGCUGAGCUGUCUGGCGGGGGGAGACUCCGGCAGCGAGAACAUCGUGGUAGCCGUGCGGGUGCGACCUCUGUCUGCUACCGAGCUCGCCGAGGGCAAGCGGUCGUGCUGCGACGUGCUCACUAGAAAUACCCUGGUCAUCAGGAAGGGGGCGGAUCCCGGCGCCUACCUGCGCAGCCAAAAGGGCUCGGCCAACGAGUACUCGUUCGAUGCCGUCUUCCCGCCGGACGCGGGCCAGUCCGAGGUGUACGAGGGCACGGCCAAGCCGCACAUCUCGGAGCUCCUGGAGGGCAUCAACGUCACCGUCUUCGCCUACGGCGCGACGGGGGCCGGGAAAACGCACACCAUGAUGGGGUCGGAGAGGGUGGUCGGGGUUCGCGCCGGCGACGAGCCGACGGAAGUUUCCGGAAUCGUUCCUCAGUCUCUCGUCGAGCUCUUCCGCCUGUUGACCGCGCGCGCGAAUAUUGGGAGCGGGCAGGAGGACGAGGCGGAGACAUGGAGCGUCCGCGUUGGGUACUUGCAGGUUUACAACGAGCAAAUCAUGGACUUGCUGAGCGAUUCGUCCAAGCCUCUCAAAAUCAACGAGGACCCCGCCAAGGGCGUCGUGGUGGUCGCAGGGCUCGCGGAGAUGGAGGUGACCUCCAGCGAAGAGGUCCUGGACCUGCUGAGGCAGGGCAACGCGAACAGGAGGACAGAGGCUACGGGGGCGAACCAGGUGUCGUCGAGGUCCCACGCCGUCCUGCAGGUAGUGGUGACGAGGACUCUCGAGAACGCCGUGUCCGGGAACCGGUCGGUGCGGGAGUCCAAGCUCUCCCUCAUCGAUCUGGCCGGAUCGGAACGGGCUUCCGCCACGAACAACCGGGGGGAACAGCUGCGGCAGGGCGCCAACAUCAACAAGUCACUGCUGUCCUUGGCCAACUGCAUCAACGCCCUGGCGGGCAACCGCCGCCGCCGUGGAGGAAAGGGUCCCGGAAACGUGAAGUACCGCGACAGCAAGCUGACCCACCUCCUCAAGGCCUCCCUCGAGGGCCGGUGCCGCCUGGUGAUGAUCGCCAACGUUAACCCGUCGCACGUGUUCUUCGACGACUCCCACAACACGCUCAAGUACGCCAACAGGGCCAAGAACAUCAAGGUCGACCCAAGGACGACGGAGUCGGUGCGUGAAGCGUCGAGGCUCCUGACGGACAAAGAGGCGAAGAUGGCCAAAGACUACCAGGCACUCAAGGAGCGCAACCAGUUGAUGGAGGCCCAGCUGGAGUCGAUGAGGAACGCCCGGGGGUACAUCGCUCCCGAACCGGCCGGCUUCACGGACCUCUUCGCGCCCAACACGUCCUCCAUCAUGUCCGUUGCGAGCAGCACCCCCGGCUACACGGAACGGUACGGCGGCGGUAACGGUGCCCCCCAGCAGCAGCAGCAGCAGCAGCAGCAACUGACUGCACCGGCCCCUGCGGCCGCCGCCGCCGCCGCCGCAGGGGGGUCUGCAAAACCCACUGGUGGCGGCGGGAGUGGGGACACGGGGAGGACGCGCCGGAGCGUCGGGAGAGGCGGGGAGGGGGCGGCGGGCGGCAGCGGCGGCGGAGGGCAGGAUGGCAACGGCAUGCUACCGCCCCCCGUCCCGCGCGGCGGCAGGGGCGGCGACCGGAGGAUGAGCGAGGAAGGGCUGGCCUCCACUGAUGAGGAAGGGGGGAUGGUGAUGGUGGGCAGCCCGGCGGGGGUUAGGCUUGGGAGGGGCUCGUUGUCAUCGUCCUCGUUUUCGCCGUCUUCGUCGUCCUCGCCCGGCACGAAGAGGAAGAGGGCGGCCGCGGAGGGCGGCGGCGGGGAGGAAGAAGAGGCGCUGAAGGCGGCCGCGGCGGCGGCCGCGGCGGCGGCGGAGAGGGAGAUCCGGGAGCUCCGGACGGAGCUGGCUGCCGAGAAGACUCGGGUCUGUGAGCUGGAGGGCAAGGUGCGAGAGCUGGAGAGCUCGAUGGCGAGGAUGGGCGCGCAGCACGACGUGAACAUGGAGCUUAUCGCCACAUUCCGACACCAGAAGGAAACCGCGGAGGAAGCCGCGGAGUGCGAGCGGACCACAGCGGAUGAGCUUCUCGCCUUGCUCAAGGAAAAAGAAGCGGAGGUUUCGCAGCUAAGGUCGGAGUUGGACGGGGUCGGCUCCCGGUCGGUGGGCGCGGGUGCGGCGGGGAGCAGCGUAGGGGACGAUGCUACCAGGACGGCCGCAGACGACGGCGAUAAUAGCGCUUGCGCAAGCGGCGGAGGGCAGGGCGCCGCGACGAGCGGUUUCGGUGGCGGUUCGAGCGGUUUCCGAUCCGGGCUGAUGAUGGAAGGGGACAGCAGUGCCUUCGGCGGUACUCUGGGGCAGAUCGAGGAGAACGCGGGCGGCGGGGCGGAGGACAUGGAGCUCGAGAACGCCGUCGCUGGCAGCGCCGGUGGUGGUGUUGUUCGACAACAACAGCAUACGACCGGGCUGUCCGACAGAGGCUCGCGUGACUCCAUCAGUAGCGGCACCAGCACCACCUUGGGAGGAGCGAGCACGGCGGCGGCCUCGGCGGAGGUGGCCUCCGUCAUCAAGUCCAACCGCAGAAAGAGCAGCAUGAUAUCGCGGUCGAGGAAGUCGAUGAUCCCGGCUCCUCGGUCAUCGGGCAGGAGCGCCAGCUCCAGACUGUUGGGCGACGUCACCAAUUCUAGCAGCACGAGGCUCAACGAUCACCUUGGUGGUGGCGGCAGCAGUAGCAGCGGCUGCUGUAACACCCCCUGCGACGCCAACAAGAAGGGGGCCGUAAAGCGCGCAGCCUCCGUGCACAGCGGCGGUGGCGAUGGUUCUCACGAGAUGGCCGCAGUCGACUUCGCUACUACGGGGGACGGGGCGGCGGGAAGGAGCAAGGCGAGCUCGCGGCGAGCGUCCUCGAGGACCGGGCAGACCCCGCAGCGGCAGACGGUGGCCGGGCGCACUCGAUCGAGGGUGUCGAUGGCACCGGCAACGUUGCGCAGCGUCCGGUAA